GCUCAUUCAAGAAAAGGCCAUGAGGUAAUAGAGCCUGAGAUAAUUUCCGCUGGCCCAUCAACAAAAACAGUGUCAAUAUAAACACCCGCUUUAAACCCUAAUUCCGCUUUCGAGCUCUCUCUGAUACUACAGAUAGAUACCCAGUUAGUCUCCUGCUAUCCUAUCUUCUGGUGUAUUAAGUACCUGUUUUAGAUUUCCAAACAAUCAGUGAAGAUGCAGAACGAGGAGGGAGUGAAUAUGGAUCUCUACAUCCCCAGGAAAUGCUCUGCAACAAAUAGGCUGAUUACUUCAAAAGAUCAUGCAUCUGUUCAGAUUAACAUCGGGCACUUGGAUGACCGUGGCAUUUAUAAUGGUCAAUUUACUACGUUUGCCCUUUGUGGUUUUAUCCGUGCACAGGGGGAUGGUGACAGUGCAAUUGAUCGCCUUUGGCAGAAGAAGAAAGUUGAAGCCCGCCAGCAGUAGAAAAAAAGAAAAGAAAAGAAAGAAAUGAUAGGGCCCCUUCUGAAGGGGGGGGAGAGUUUUUGUAAUGUGGGGACAUUUUAGAUGUUUUUACACUAUCAGCGUUGAAAAUUGAGAUAAUUUUCGUAAGGUGUUUUACUACUUAAAAGUAGAUAUGGUGUUUCUGAUAAUGUAAAAGACCUCCAGAAGUUCCAAGUUUGGGUUGCUAAGUUAAUUUAUUUUGCGCAUAUGUU